AUGAAAAUACGAAAAGUUAGAAGAAGUAAGAAGUUCCAAUAUAAUAAAAAUCGAAAGCGAGUUUUCAAGAAAAGGCAAUCGCUAGGAAAAAUUAAGGAAACUGAUGUUAAACAAUAUUGGGAUGAUAAAAAAGCGGCGACCACUAAUAUUAAGGACAUGGGCUUAGCAAUAGAUCCUAAUCGGAGCGUACCUAUACCAAAUUUUAAGCAAGAACGAUUGAAAAUCGUGAAAAUGGUAAACGACUAUGAUGAUGAAGAAGAUAAUGAGGAAAACAGAAAACCACGCAAACCAAGGAAAGCAUUUGUAGCUGAAAAAUUAGAAGAAGAAGCAAAAGCCCCUAGGGUUUCACAAUUUAGACUUCCAAAAGGGCACAUUAAGGAACUAAUCUAUUUUUUGGAUAAGUACAAGUUGGAUUAUAAUGCUAUGGUACGAGAUAGAAGAAACUUUUAUCAACUUACAGCUAAACAAUUUCGAUCAAGAAUCAAAAAAUUUAUGUCUAUACCAGAACAGUUUAAUGAAUUUUUAGCUGAACGGAAUAUUCAACCGGAAGAAUUCGAUUGGGAAGAAACUUUAAAUUUAGAACAAUGAAAUAUACUUCAUUUUAGUAUAUAAAAGAUUUUUUUAAUAUUUUUUUUUUUAUAAAAUUUGUUUUAAUUUUAAAACAAAAAUACACGUAUAUAACAGUAUAA